CAAAAACAAAAUGGCGACUGGUGUUGUUCCGUCACAGACUGAGCCCCGCGCGCCCCUGGCCCCGCGCCUCUUCCCGUGACCCGCAUUGGGCCGUGGGGGCCGUGUCCAGGGCCCCCGGAGCUCCGGAACGCGGUUAGAGCCGUCUAACCCGCUUUAAACUGGAGCCACAGCGAAAACCCGCAGCACAAGGAGGACGUGACGUAGCGCACGCACAGACAAUAUCAGCCAAUAAGAGCGCAGACAGUUGCGGCGCAGUGAAAGCAGCGCGCCUGAAACUGACGCAGAAACUGCGUUAAAACCAGAGAUGGACACGCAGCUUUUUAUGGAGUGUGAGGAGGAGGAGCUGGAGCCAUGGCAACAGGUCGACGACACCGUGGAGGAAGACGACGACUUUAUGGACUACACACAUCCAGUGGAGGACUCUCCUGACUCUUCCCCUCCGCCCCCAGCCCCACCUCCUGCACCUGCUCCUAAAGCCCCGGUCUUGGUUCAGACCCAGAGCCGGUCACUCCCCAUAUCCGUGCCGACCGCCCCUGUCACCAUGGCAACACUAAAUAUCAACAAAACCACACCCACCAUCCUCAAGACCACGCCCACCACAAAAGCUCCAGCCAUUGUCCAUCAGGCCACGCCCCUUAUCCUGUCACAGCUUCCACAAGGGACCUUCCUUGUCCCAAGCACCAGACCCCAGCAACUCCUCAUCACCACACAGGGUUUUCCGAUGGUGAACUCAGGGACUCCUCUCGUCUUUAAUCUUCCGCCGGGUUCCACCGUCUUGCAGCCGGGUCAGACCCUUGUGAACUCGGGCGAGGUCCUGAAACCGGGUCAAACGCUCUUUAAACCGGGUCAGCCGCUCACUCUUAUCCAGUCGCCCUCUGUGGGUCAGAUGGUACGUCCUGUGACACCUGUGCGAGGCCCCGCCCCCUCCGCCACACCUGGACUUAUGCACCUGACCAUCCGCACCAGCACACCUGAGCGAGUGGCUCCGGUUGGCACCGUUUCCUCUGUCUCCAGUCCCGCCCUCCUUGCCGGCUCGUCCAAUGGCAUGCCUCGCUCUAUCACUAUCUUGUCUCCACCCAAAACUACUGAUUCACAGCCCCUCCCUCCCACACCCUCCUCCUUUAUUGUGAAGUCUGGCCCCGCCCAUGUCACUUCUGCCCCCUCCAAUGUCCCGCCAACGCUCCCACAACUGAACGUCGCCCCAAACCGCUCCCUAGUUACCAUCUCUCAGCCGCGGCUCGUCACCAUACCCCCCUCUGGCCCCUCCCUCUCCUCUGGCUCCUCCAUCUCCUCUGCCCCCUCCCUCUCGUCUGACCCCUGUGACCCCUCUGACCCCUCCCGCGUCGUCAUGAGCGUGGAGGAGUUUUACUACGGUUCAUACGAAGGUGAUGAGCGACUCCGAGACAUCCACAAAUACACAGCCAUGUUGGUCCAGUUCCCCUGCACUGUCUGCCCCCACCAGGCCAACAACAACCUCAGGCUGAUGCAGCACAUGUUGACUCACUGGAAGCCGGUGAAUCGCGGUGACGACAAAAAGAGCUGUAAAUUCUGCUACAGACACUUCUCCUCAGCCCCAGAGCUGCAGACUCACCUGGACAAGGUGCACGGGCCCGCCCCCUCCAACAGCUUGUGCAGGAUCUGUGAGUGGGCGUUCGAUAAUGAGCCUGUGUUUUUAAACCACAUGAAAUCGAACCACAAACCAGGAGAGAUGCCAUACAUCUGCCAGGUGUGCUGUUACCGUUCCUCGUUCUACUCAGACGUGAUCCAGCACUUUGCGACUUUUCACCGGGAAACACGAUUCCUCCUCUGUGUCUUCUGCCUCAAAAUCCUCAAGAACUCCGAGAACUACCAGCAGCACCUGCUACGCCACCAGCAUGAGGCAUUCCACUGUAACCGCUGCCGACUCCAGUUCAUUUACCUCAAAGAGAAAGUCCACCACAAAACAGAACAUCACCGCAGCUACAGGAGACCGGCCCAACUCGAGGGGCUGCCCCCAGGAUCAAAGGUGACCAUUCGGACGUUCGGGCGCCGUAGGCCAGCUCUCCCUUCAGAGAUGCCCCGCCCCUCACAAUCAGGCCAGACUCUUUCACACACAAACCCCGCCCACUCCAACAUGAUCCAACCAAUCACCAUCAAGACAGAGCCUCAGCCCCUCUUCAUCCCGAAGGCACGCUCCGCCCAAAAGAAACUUGAGCACAGUACGGCCUCCUCCUGCCUGUGGCGCUGUGUAGAGUGCGGUGACCAGGUGGUGGCGCUGUCUGCUCAUUACCCCACACAUGUACGCUGUCUGCUCUGCUCCUUCGGCACCUGCUGCUCUAAGGCCUACGCCAGUCACAUGAUACUGUCUCAUCACUUUCCUCGCUCCAAAGAGCCAAUUCCACACCUCAAACGAGAACCACCACCCAGCCGUUUCUCAGUCAUCUGCUCAGACUGUCGGUUCAGAACACUCUCUGGAGAUGAGAUGGCCGUGCACCUCGCUCUGAACCCCACCCACUGCUCCGCCAUGUGCAAGCCCCGAAUUCUGUCGGACAUAGACGUGGACUUCUCUUUACUCGCAUCGCAGCGUCCAAUUGCUACUCCUCUUCCUGGUGUUAUCCAGCCUCCUGUGGCCUGUGAUUGGUCGACGCCGGACUGCAGCGUGGCGGGCACGAAUUCCUUCUCGCACUCGAGCGGCCCGAGUCAUAACCUGUCACGCUCCGGAGAUGCCAUUGACUUCUUCGACCUCCUAUUUCCUGCCGAGCUCAUCCAUCUCAUUGUCAUGGAAACCAAUGCACACGUCAAAACACUGCGCUUCCUGUUUCACGAACCGAUGCUCUCUGAUUGGACAAUGCUGAGGAGCAACGAGCUGAAGGCUUUCCUAGGGCUGGUGGUGCUCAUGGGUCUGCAGACUCUCCCAGACUCAGCUCAUUACUGGUCCUAUACCCACUAUGACCACAGUUACAUGUUUAACCAGGUUAUGAGUCAUCAUCGCUUCACUCAGAUCCUCAAAUCACUGCGCCCGGGCAGUGCUGACCUCGGCCCCAGCAGCUCCAGCCACACCCCUGUGCGCAGACGUCCCGCCCCCCUCAGCAGAAGCCUUGCCCAGAGGGACCCACUCCAGAUGUUCCGCCGCAUGCUGCAGAUCCAGGGUCAGGCCAUGUGGGACACCUACAGACCCAGGUGCUGCCUCAGUCUGGACCGUGCUCUACUUCCUGAGACUUCAAGCCAGGAUCAAAACCAGGGACUAAACCAGGACCGUCCCAGACCCGGCCCAGCUCCGCCUCAGGUCUGGCUACUCUGUGACUCAAAGUCUGGAUAUUGUCACCGGCUGUACAUCCAGACAUCCCCUGGACCCCCUGAUAGCCCAAACCUGUCCCUGGUCUUGGAGCUCCUCUCUGGGCUGGAGCAUCGUCACCAUCAGCUUUUCCUCUCAAACACUCUGUGCACUGAGGACCUGCUGCACCUGCUCCACCACCGAGGGCUCUACGGCUCUGCCUCCUUCCCCCGGAACCACCCCCACUUCCCCCACACGCUCUGGGAUGACAGGCCGCUGGAGCACCCGGGGGACUUUGUUCAGAAGCAGAGGGGAGUGGUCUUGGCGACGCGGUGGAAGGACGUGAAGGAGAUGGGCUGUCUCUCGACCAAUGCGGCGCCCGGCCGGUUGGACACGGUCUGGAGGCGGUCCCAGACCAGAGCUGGUAGUCUGGACCGCCUAGACCGGCCGGAGGCCUUCAGGUUGCUUCAGGAGAACAUGAGAGGAGCUGACAUCUGCAAACAGCUGCUGGCGUGUAACACUCUGGGGGGCGUGGCCUCAGAUCGCUGCUGGAGGAACCUCUUCUGGUUCUUGGUGAACAUCAGCAUCGUCAACGCCUUCAUUGUCCUAAGAGAGACCAGGAGAGACUGUCCCCCAGGCUGGGUCCAAAAGGGGCUCUUCACACAGGAGCGGUUUCGCAGACGUCUGGGAAUGCAGUUGGCCAAAUGUUUUCGGUGCUCGACUCCUGUCGAGCCUCCUCCGCUCCCACUCCCUCCCAUUGCUCCUGCCAUUGCACCUGUCCUUACACCUGCCUUCAUCCCUGCCACUGACCUUGCCCCUGCCUCUGCCUCUGCUGUUGCCCCUGCCCUUGCCCCUGCCCUUGCCCCUGCCCUUGCCCCUGCCCUUGCCCUCGCCCCUGCCGUCGCCCCUGCCGUCGCCCCUGCUGCCCCAGGGCAGGAGACACAGCGCCACCGCAUGGCCAAAAUCAGCAGGAUCUGCAAGCGCUGUAAAAACUGUCACUCCAAAAACCUUCGUCAUGAGAGUGUUCACGGCUGCGUUAUCUGCGGUGUGAAUUUGUGUCAGACCAACUCCUGCUUCUGGGAGUUUCACGGCCUCAGCCCCAACACGCCCAUUUCGCCCAGACUGGGUUUUGUGAUGAAGAUGCAAACGGGGCAGAUCUCAUUCGUUGCGCCGAAGAAGGAGGCAGGGUUGAGCGCUCCCAUUGAGGAAUCGGAUGAAGAGGACGAGGAGUUCAAACCGGAGAGGCUGGAGAGGGUGGAGUCUCCGGAGUCCAUUGACCAAUCGUUUCCAUCGGUUCUGCAGCAGCUGUUCUCUGAGCGGCAGCUGCAGGUGGUGCUCUGUGCUCUCUGCGAGGGCAUGAGCGAAGCCACACGUGUCUACGCCACCGAACCCCGCCUCAUCCGCCGCUGGCUACGUGAAGCUAACGCCAACAUUCACCCGGACCCUGAGAGCGAGAGGGCGGAGCCCGAGGAGGCGGAGCAUGAGGGUACAAAACGUCUGGUGAAGUUUGUCCUGAGCAUGCGAGAGCAGGAAGCAGCGCUCUCAUACACUGGCCUUUUUAACAAACUGUCCUCACUCCGGCAGAAGGGGCUUCACUCCCUCAGGUUCUCAUACGACUGGGCUGUUAGCUUCAUGCUACGAGCUAAGCUGCAGUUUCAAGGCGUGGGCACGCGUGUGUCUCAGCAGCUCCCCUUGGAGCUGAAACAGCGCGUCACAGUGUUUCAGACAUUUAUUCAGAAAGUGAUCCAAGGCCACGCCCUUUCCAGCAGCGCCGUGGCGACCAUGGAUGAGCUGUGCCUAUUCACAGACCUGACUCUGCUUCAGACCCGAGCCUCAGACGUCCUGCAGAUGACAGGCACGUGUCCUUUGGUCACAGUUUACCUCACAGCACUCUCAGACGGGACGCUGCUGCCCGCCUUAGCCCUAACUGGCACCCGAUUGGACGAGAACUCUCUGCCUGAGUUUGUCCUGACAGAUGCCAUUCCGGAGAACACAAAGGAGGCUCUGGAGCUGUGGAGGAGCAGGGUGUGGACUGAACACGUGCGAGACCUAAAGCUACAGAAGUCUGUGCUGAUCGUAGACGCUCACCGCGAGCACGCUGCGGAUGUGUUCGUGGCAGCGCUAAGCGAGUCGGGAACGCUGCCUGCCGUCAUUCCCAAAGGACUCAACUUCAAACUCCACCCUCUGGAGAUCUGUGUCAAACCUCUACUCCAGAGGUAUCUGCUCUGGAAGUGGAGAACGCUCCCUGCAGGACCUGCUACUGUGCUGCACCAGGACAACAUCGCACAAAUGCUCGUGGAGUGGACAGUGAAGGCGCUGUCCCACAUCACCGCACUCCCGGAGGUCAUCCAGAGGUCUUUUAGGGUUGCGGGAGUGUUGGGAGAGAAGGAGGAAGAGGAGGGGCUGCAGCAGGUCCAGGACGAGCUCAUGAAGAAGCUGAGUUUAAAGAUGGCCGACAUGGAGAUGGGCUGGGAUCAGGAGCAGGACUUUUGGAACAUGGAGCCCUCCAAGGAAGACGAGAGGGAGGAACAAAAAGAGAGGGAAAAUGAGAGCAGGAAGGAGAGAAGUGAGACAGAUGCGGAGGAUGAGACCGAAAAGUACAAAGAGAAGGAGAGAAGAGUAGGAGAGGGAGAGGAGCUAAAGAAAGGGGAGAGAGAAGAGAGAGGGGAAGAGAAGGAGGGAGAGAGAUUAAAAAUACAGGAGAAGGGCAAGGAAGAUGAGGGGCUGAAGGAGCGAGAGAGAGAACAGAGAGGAGUGGAGGAGAGAGAAGAGGAAGCAGUGGAGCUUAAGAAGGAAGAGAGAGAGGAGGAGAGAAAAGGAAAAGAGGAGAGAGACAAAAUGGAUGCCCAAAAAGCAGAAACUAGAAUCAUAGAGAGGAAAGAGGACAGAAAGGAGGGAGGAGAAAAGCCAGAGGAAAGUGCCCAAAAAACAGAGGAAAGCAUAGAGGAGAAGAAAGAGAGAAGGGGGGGGGGAGAAAUGGAGGGAGGGGAGACAAAAAAAGAGAAAACAGAGGAAGGAGAAGAGAAGGAUAUAGGAGAGCAAAUGAAAAAGCAGAGAAGAGAGGAGAAGAAAGAGAGAGCGGGAGGAGAGGAGCAAGAGGAGGAGGAGAAGGAGGAGGCGCAGCCGAGACCUGAGACCCGGAUCUUGAUGGGAGCUGAUUUGGGAGACGAAUGGCAGGUCAAAGUUCAAACUUCAGAGGAAAACAACAAAACGGACGAAAGCUGAACAUCACGCUGGAGGUUUUCUAUAUGUAUGUGUAUGAUGGAAUGUUCAGUAGUUACCAUGGUGACACAAAACACAGAUGGUCUAAAAACUCAAGAAAAAAUACAAACGUGAUUUUAAACAGCACAUUUUCAGGAGCCUGUGAUCAAUCUGAGCUUUCAUGGUCCUGUUUAGGAGAUUGAGUUUCAACAAAAAUGUGAGAGUGGCUAAUUGAAAAACUAUUGGCUACUGCUUGCUAGCUUGUGACUGUAAUGUUAUUUGAGGGGGACUUGUUCAACAGCACAAAUCAGCUCACCCGCUGUAGUUCACCUAAGUCAGUUCUUUCUGGUCAGAUUGUGUUAAAAUAAAACUCAGAUUAAAGUCUAACUUGAGUAACAGAGUUUCAGACAGAGCCGAGCCUCCGGUUAGUAUCACACUCCCAGGGAAUGUUGAUGACAUCAGCUGCAAAGUAUCAAUAUCUGCAAACUCAUGGAAAACAAAGUGACAUUCUCAGUGUUUUGUGAAGAGGAGUCCUGUGCAGUUUUCCAUGUCUCAGUUGAAGCUUUGAAUUGAUUAAUGACUUUCAAUCAGGUACAGAGUUCAGGCUCAAAUCUUCCGGCUUAUUCCCUCUGUGUAUUCCCUCUAUGUAAAUGUUUUCUUAUAACUCUGUACAGUUUUUCAUUUU